AUGUCCGGUAAGCUAGAUGUAUUCAUUGUUCUGGUAGGUCCCCUAGCAAGAGCCCAGGAGUCUUCUGAAUCGGCUGCUGAGAAGCUUGCUGAGCAGUUGGCACAUGAAGCGGCACGACUUGACCGGAAGCCUUCCUUGCAGAGAGCACUCUUCCAGUGCUGGAAGAAGGUAUUCCUACUUGAGUUUUUAAGGGCCCUGCUCGCUGCAUGUUGCUUCUUGCUUGCGCCCUUCUUGCUGCGCCAGACGGUGAACUCCCUGCGAGAGGGGCUGUGGCUUGAGUCAUUUGGGUACCUCUCGGCCAUUGCCGCCUCAGGCAUGGUCGGUGGGCUGCUUCAGCAACACGGCUUCCAUGGCUUCUCUCACUGGGGGAGGCAGAUGUGGGCUGCCUUAGUCGGCAAUAUCUUCACGAAGAUGGCGAGCAUCGAUGCCGGUGCCUUCACAUCUCAAUUCAGCGAAGGUCAGGUGAUAUCCAUGAUUGGACAGGAUGCAAGCAUUUUCCCGUACAUGGGACCCUUUCUUUGCAUCUUCUUGGUGAUGCCCUGCAACAUCUUGAUGCCAGCAGCCAUUCUUCUCUACUAUCUUCGGGAAGCCUUUCUAGUAGGCUUUGCAUCCUGUGUGCUUGUAUCGGUAUUGAGUAGCUGGGCAGCUUCGGCCUACAAGCGGAACGUCAAAGCGAAGCUUGCGGUGGCAGACGCCCGGCUCGUCCUCGUGAACGAGACCCUCCAGG